AUUUCCUGUGUCAUAACAAAAACAAAAAUUAAUCUUUAGUUUGGCGCCUAAGCAAACAAUCGCGAACAUUUCUAAUUCAAAUUCGUUGAAGUUUUUCAAAAAUCAGAAAAAAUGACUUCAGAAGCAAUCAAGAAAGAAUCCGAGGGACAAAUAUGCCGACUGUGCAUGAGUGAAGAAUCCUUGGAAGACGUAUUUAAGGACGAACAACUUAGAGAAUGGAUAUGGGAAUUUCUCGCAAUAAAGAUAUCUAUCGACGAUUGCAUGAGCCAAGUCAUCUGCACUAUCUGUCGAAUAAGGUUGACCGAGUUCCAUCAGUUUCGAACGGGAUGCCACGAAGUGCAAGAGGUGCUUCAGGCGUUGAUUCCGGACAGGCUCAACGGUUUUGACGCUGAUGCUCCAGUGCAACCAAUCAAGAAUCAGAAUGAUUCUCCAAUUCGCUGUGAAGUUUGCCGAAUGGUUUUCAAAGACGAGAAACAACUAAUGGCCCACAAGAGAACCCAUGAAACUGAAAGAUACCUGUGCACCAUUUGCCAGAAGUCUUUUGAAACACGCGUAUAUUUAAACGAUCACUUGGAAAUUCACACAACAAAAUGUUCUGAGAACCAGCAAGACACCCAAGUGAAAGCUGAACAAGACGAGAAUGUUGACUUACAAGGAUUUGGAUCUACCUCCAAAGACGAAAAAGUAGUCUCAUCUUUCUUGGUCCAAUCAGAAUCCACUGAUGUAAAUUCCGAACCAAAGGAAGCUCCGCUUUGUUUAGACUCCUUUGGGGAACGUCCGGAAGCUGAGGGUCCUUCGCCUUUUCAAGACGAUGAGAUAGAUAACGAUCCACUUGGCAUAGAAGAUUGUAUAGUUGUGGAAGAGAUUAAAGUUGAAACUGGUGCAAAUGAUGAAGCAACUGUUGAAAGGAAAAAGAGAAAAGCUGUUUCGGAUAUUGAUGCGGAUGAAUUUGACGAUGAUGAUAGCGGCAGUGAUGUUCCUCUAUCUCAGAUCAAGAAAGUAUCCUCACGCAGCAGAAAUAAAUAUGAUUCGACUGAUUCAGAUUCAGACCAUACUGAAGAAGUUGAACAACGAAGCAAAAAUGAUGAUGAAACAUAUGCGUGCUCGAAAUGUGAUCGAACGUUCAAACGACAAUGUCGAUUGAACGCCCACAUGGCAAUUCAUGACAAAAAAGCGGACGAAAAAUCAUCUCAUGAGUCUUCUGAUGAAACGUCCACCAAUAAAUCCACUAAUUGCGAUGUUACUGCUGAGGAUCAAGAAAAAGAAAAUAACAGCAAACAAGUGCAUCAAUGUGAUCUAUGCGGAAAUGUAUAUUCAAACAGAACACAAUUAGCGAAUCAUAAACAGUAUCACAGGAAACUAUUGAGACAAGCUGCCAUUGAUAAUCCCAACUUAACACCAGCCAACGUUGAAAAAGAGAAUAGUGAAGAUCAAACAUAUCAGUGCGAUGUGUGUAAUAAAAUAUGUCUCACCAAAAAGAUAUUUCGUGUUCACAAAAGGAAUGUACACGGGCCAAAAAAACAUAAGUGUGAUAUUUGUAACGUACAAUAUACAUUGCGGACGCAAAUGACAAGACAUGUGUACACCAAAAAACAUUUAAUUAAAGUGCAGGAAAAACUAAAACUUGAAAACGAAAAGUCUUUGGAUAUAAAUGUUGAAGUUAACCAGGAUGAUCCAAAACAAGCAAACAAAGGAAAAAGUAAAACCAAACUUGAUGCCAACAAAAUCACAGAUGGAAAGAAUAAGACAGGAAUAGUAGACUCAAACUUGUUGAAGGAUGACCUUUUUGUAAAGUAUCAACCUUUUCUACCGCAUAGAAAAAAAUAUGUUGAACAAGCGAAAUGUAAUGUAUGUAGCAAGACGUUUCCGAACCAAUGGAGCUUAUCUACCCACAAGCAAUAUCAUAAACCGAAGAAAUUCGUGUGUCAUGUAUGUGAAAAACCAUGUCACAACUCAGCUGUACUGACGAAACAUCUCGCAACGCACGUGUCGGUUGUUGAACGUCAGCAAGCAAGACCUCCAAAAGAUGUAAAAAACGCGCCUAGGCCUUUCAAAUGCGAAGUAUGUAAUACCGCAUACAUGGAUAAAAGCACUCUUUGGAGGCAUAAUAUGUCAGUCCAUGGACCGAGGAAUUUCGAGUGUGAAAUAUGUGGUUUCAAAUUUCCUGCCAACGACAUGUUAAUGAAGCAUGUGAAGAGAUAUACAUUGCGUGGCCACACCAAGGAGGACUUUCAGGCGCUGAAAAAGCUGUUCCAACAAAAUGAAUCGACGACAAAUCAGAACGACGAUGAUGAACUGUCUGAUCGAUCAUCAAUCGCGAGUGAAAACGAAACCGGUGAAAACGAUAAAGCUGACCACCGCCCGAACAAGAGCGACGAGAAUAGUUCAAAACUUUCGGCUGAACAUCCUUUUCAAUGCGAUUCAUGUCAGAAGUCCUUCGAAACCAGAGUGCUCUUAUACCGUCACAAAAGAUAUGUUCACAAGCCAAAACGGUUCAAGUGCGCUGUUUGUGGAAAACGAUUUGCAUACGAGCAACAGAGGAAUUACCAUAUGAAAAUCCACAAGCCGGAAUCGACGGCUACCAAGGACUACGAGUGUCCCGAAUGCCAUAAAAUAUAUACAUCGUGGAAAAGUUUGUACGUGCACGUGAAAAAUGGUCAUGUUAGGCGCAGGACUCUCCCGGAGGAGCGGACCGUUCCUUGUCCGAAGUGCGAUAAAAUGUUUCAAACGCCACCGCAGAGAGAUUUGCACAUGCGAACUGUUCAUGCACCCGGAGAACACAAGUGUGAAAUUUGCAACAUUAAGUUUCCCAUACGCGUUAAACUCUGGCAGCACAUGAAAACUCAACAUGCCAAUAAAUCGGCUAGUUCCAGUUCCGAAGAUUCUACUCAGGAAUUUGAUUCAGAAAAUUCCGUAAUUGAAGAAAAUUACAGCAAUGAGGCAAGUAGAAAACAACCUCAAAGAAACGCGAAAGUGAAGAAAGGACUAAAACGGAGAAGGACGUGAGGAAUUGUUUCAAAUUGGAAUGAUGCUUGAUUUUCUACAGCCAGUUUGAUCAAAAUCCGAUGUAAUUGAAAAAUAAGAUUAUAAGAGAAAAUUUACUUUAGAAGGAUAUCUGUUUUUUAAAUUCUGAUUAAAACUUCAUUUGGUUGGCUAAAAUUUCUUUUUUGGUACGUCUAAUGUCUUUUUUCAUAU